AUGAGCUCGGGUGAUGACGGCGGAGCAGGCGCGCCCGCCGAGAUGCCCGUCGUUGAUCCGCGUGGCGAGCCGGCCGCGGCAGAAGCGGCGGCGGGGGCGGACGCACGCCAGCCGGGGCGGGCGGUGGGGCGAGUAGGGGAAGGAGCACCGUCCAAUGUCGUCGUCGAGGGGGGCAGCGGCGGUGCUCCGCCAACGCAGGCCGUGACGACCCCCGUGGCGGCCACCGGCAGCAGUGGUGGCCAAACUGGUGAAGCUCUGGGCUGCUCUUCGGCCGUGGCAGCUGGCGGCAUCGGAGGGAUGCUACCCGCCAGCCCGUUCCACGCGCCCUGCUCGACUUCCAGCGGUGUAUCAAUGAUCCCGCAGAGAUCAGUUCCCGCCGACUUUAGGGAGGCGAGCAGCGGUGGGCCGGGCCAGGAGCCGGCGCUAUCCAGCCCGUUCAGCUCCGGGGAUGCGGGCCUGGGCAUCUCCGACGGCCCGGCCCCCGGGGGGCGAUCCGGCGGGCUGGCGCCAGGCGACCCCGCCCGCCUGGGCCCCGCCAACGCCCACAAGCGCGCCAUAUCCGCCACCGCGCGGCAGGGCUUCCAGUACCUGCCCUUCAUCCCGCAGGCGGAGGGCAGCGCCGGGGGGCAGCAGCGGGGCGGGCUGCCCGCGCCGGCCACGGGCAUCACCCGGACAAGAUCUGCGCCCAUGCCGCCGCGGCCGCCCGAGCCUGAACCCAAGGGUCAGGAAUUUGGACAAGGGCGACAAGGCGAGUCGAAAGAUGGGGAAGAGAAGCAGAGCGGGAGGUACGCGAAUGUCCUUUGCGGUGGCUCGGCGGACAUCGGCCAGAGGCGUACCAUGGAGGACUACUUUAUCGCGGGUAGGGCCGGGGAGUGCGGGGCGGGCGCAGAGUCCCAGAUCGAGGCCUUCGUCGGAGUUUUCGACGGCCACAACGGCCCGGAGGCGGCGCAAUUCGCCAGCGAAAAUUUCAUGCCCUUCCUGGCCGAGGCCUGCGCCCAGGGUUCGGGCAUCGCGCCCGCCCUCAGGGCCGUCUUCCAGCGCUGCGAGGCUGAUCUCUACGCCGCCUGGCGCGGCGGAUCUUUCGGCGAAUCGGGCACCACGGCGCUGGUGUGCGUGCUCACGUCCGACGGCCACCUGCGCGUGGCCAACGCGGGCGACUGCCGAGCGGUGCUGAGCAGGGCCGGCCGCGCGGAGGCCCUGACCCAAGACCACAAGCCCGGGUGCCAGGCGGAGCGCGGGCGCAUCAUUGCCGCGGGGGGCUACCUGGACGAUGACGACUACCUCAACGGCGAGAUCGGCGUCUCUCGCUGCAUCGGCGAUUUCCACUUGGGGGCCAUUAAGAAACCGGACGACGGGUCCGGGGCGCUCAUCCCAGACCCGGAUUUGUACAAUGUCGAGGUGACGUCCGAGUGCGAGUUUGUUAUACUGGGCUCGGACGGGCUGUGGGAUGUGCUGAGCAACCAGAGGGCCGUGGACCUGGCGCGAGGCGAGCUGGACGAGAGCCGCAGCGCGGAGAAGGCGGCCAAGAAGCUGGUGUUCGAGGCCAAGUGCAAAGACGGGCGGGACAAUAUCACGGCGGCGCUGAUGGCACUGUGCCCGCUGCCGUUCCCAGCGAGGAAGUCGGCCCGCAGGCAGUUCGUGAACAGUCGGCUGAGGCUCAACAGCCGCAGCCUGAUGGACCUGAAGCAGGCCCUGCAGAGCGCGGAGGGGGCGCCGCCGGCCGGGCCGUUCUGA